AUGGACGUGGACGUGGACGUGGACGUGGACUUGGACGUGGACGUGGACGUGGACGUGGACGUGGACGUGGACGUGGACAUGGACGUGGACGUGGACGUGGACAUGGACGUGGACGUGGACGUGGACGUGGACGUGGACGUGGACGUGGACAUGGACGUGGACAUGGACGUGGACAUGGACGUGGACGUGGACGUGGACGUGGACGUGGACGUGGACAUGGACGUGGACGUGGACGUGGACAUGGACGUGGACGUGGACAUGUACGUGAACAUGGACGUGGACAUGGACGUGGACGUGGACGUGGACGUGGACGUGGACGUGGACGUGGACAUGGACAUGGACGUGGACGUGGACAUGGACGUGGACGUGGACGUGGACUUGGACGUGGACAUGGACGUGGACGUGGACGUGGACAUGGACGUGGACGUGGAGGUGGACGUGGAGGUGGACGUGGACGUGGACGUGGACGUGGACGUGGACGUGGACGUGGACGUGGACGUGGACGUGGACGUGGACGUGGACGUGGACGUGGACGUGGACAUGGACGUGGACGUGGACGUGGACAUGGACGUGGACGUGGACGUGGACAUGUCGCAUGCUUGUGUCCGGAUGCAUGCUUGA